CUUUGAGUGGAGCAUUUACACAUCUUCACUAAAGGAAAAAACACUCAUCCAGCCUCCCAACAACACCGACAACAGCUCCUUCCUUUCAACAACAACUUUACCGGCUCGUACCACAGGAUGAAACCGCCAUACCGAUGAGGAAGAUGAAGCUUUACCGAUGAGGAAGGCGUCGGGAGAAUAAACCAGGAACUUGGAGGAGGGGGUUUUGUUUUUAGCCCAGUUAUGGACAGCUUCUUCAAGGCAGCAGUAUGUGAUCUGGACAAGCUGCUCGAUGACUUUGAGCUGAAUACCGAGGAGCAUGAAUGCAAAUCGGUGUUCCUGAAGCCGUCGUCGUACCCCUUCUCCUCUCUCGGCCCUCAGUGUUUACCCUCCGAGGGGUCGACCGUCCCUCCGAACCUCCCCGACCUGAACUCUCUCCAUUAUGGUUCUGCCACCGGCUGCGUCGACGGCUCGGCCGCUCACAACCGCGGCGGUGGCGGCGGCUCCGACAAUGACAGAGACCUCAAAGCUCAGCCGCUCACCGGAGUCGACCUCCUCUCCUCUGUCGAUCGCCGGGCCACCAAAAGCUCGGCGCCCCCCUGCCCCGAUCGGGCUCUGAAGCCGGUGUGCGACCUGGUGAAUGACACCAGCUCGGCCAUCUUGGUCCGAGCAAACAGCCACGAUGCUUUCGGCGAGCUGGACGCGGCGGAGAAGCAGAUGGAGGAGCAGGAGCAGCAAGAGGAGGAGGUGGAGGAGGAAAAGGAGGAGCUGCUCGUCGACUUCAGCAGUCCAGUAGCGACGGCACGUGGAGAGGAGAGAGGUGGGCUCGGCCAAAACAGCAACAACGGCAGCUGCAGAGACGGCAAAGAGGAGCAACCGUGCGCAGGGGUCGGCGGAUACUCGUCCUCGCUCUGCCUGCUGGACGUUAUUCUCCCCGCUGCCGUGGAGACGGGCUGCGAGUCCACAACAGAUGAGUCACCGUCGCUACACAACACUGAGCCGGCUGACGCACAGGAGAGGGAUUGUUGUGAGGAGGUGGCUCGCAUAAACCAAGCAGUGGAAUGCACAGAAGCUGCAACAAGCUCAGAGACUAAAGAGGAUGAGUCAGAAGUGACCGUAGAUGAAUGUGAGGGGGAGUCGGUGAACGCAGUGGCCUCGGAGCGAGAACCGGUGGGGCUGUCGUGCCUUCCCAUCGCCGUGUCCAUGUGUGGAGCUCUGGUGAGUCCAAACGCAGAAGAUGAGUCGGGGGACGCGGCAGAGCAGUCGGAAGAGGCGGAGGCAGACUCCCUGGCGGCGCUGGAAGCCAGGGAGGCGAGGACCGGUUUAGAUGAAGCGGCCGAAUCGGUUCUCGCAGGAGGCCGUCUGUCACCAGAGGGGCAGCAUCUCCCUCCCGAACCCGCCGCCGUCGUCGCUGUCCCUCUCCUCCCCUCCGCCGACCUCCCCUCCUCGUCCGACCGCUCCGAGCCGAGCCCGGUCGACCCUCCCGAGUUUGGCUUCGAGUACCUGCCGGAGAGCGACCAGGCGGAGCUGCUGGUCACGGACGAGGAGCUGGACGCCUUCCUGCAGGCACACACGGAGGCGGAGCAAGGCCGAGGGAUCUCCUGCUCGCGAUCCAACGGGGGUCUGGAGGACGAGCAGAUGAGGAUUUGCAGUCUGGCCUCUCCAGAAAGCGACAGAACAAUGUGUGUUUCAGCGGAGGGGCGUUUGAACCCCGACGCUCCGUCAUUAUCGCAGGACUCUUGUCAGGAAGAACCGGAAGUCUCCAACAACUCUACAACCAGCAACACUUUCCAGCCCCAGUACAGCGGAGGAGCGAGACCUAAACAGCUACACUGCCAAACUGCAAGAUCUCCGCCAGCAGGGGAGGAAGAGGAGGAGGAGGAAGAGGAGGAGGAGGAGCGGGCCGGGCCGAGCACGGCGGAGGAUGAAGACAUUUCUCCGACGAGCUCCGGUCCGGUAGAAGAGCGUUCCGGCGUGAGCCCGACGUACGGAGCUCAGGAGCAUCAGGAGUACAGCGUGGGCUACGACGAGCUGUCCGAGCCCCCGCCGUACCCCGGGGAGUCGCCCACGGACGGAGCCAGGGCGGUGAACUGGAAGAGGGAGGGAGGGGGGGCGGAGGAGCCGGGGUGCAGGCAGCCAGCUUGGGUCCCCGACUCGGAAGCUCCGAACUGUAUGAACUGCUACCAGAGGUUCACGUUUACCAAGAGGAGGCAUCACUGUCGAGCCUGCGGGAAGGAACUCAUCAGCAGGGAAGUUCUGGAGGAGCUGGACAACGUGACGUUCACCAGCAGUUUCCUGGGCAGCAAGGAUCACGCCGGUGUGCUGUUCUUCUCUCCCAGCUGUCAGCCUCUGGACGGCCUCACGCUCCCCUCGCAUCACUUCCUGUUCGGCCUGCUCAUCCAGAAGCUGGAGGUUCCCUGGGCCAAAGUGUUUCCUCUCCGGCUGCUGCUGCGGCUCGGAGCUGAAUACAGUGUGUAUCCCACUCCGGUGGUUAGUAUCCGUUUUCGGGAGUCUGUGUAUCGAGAGACGGGACACACCAUCAUGAAUUUACUGGCUGAUCUGAGGAACUACCAGUACAGUCUGUCAGUGGUGGAAGGUCUGAGGAUCCACAUGGAGAUGGGACACAGCUACAUCGAUAUUCCCAAAUGUAGCUUCAACGAGAUGCAGAAGGUUGUGAACUCCUCCAACGAGCACGUGAUCAGCAUCGGAGCGAGGUUCAGCAGCGAGGCGGACUCUCAUCUGGUGUGUUUCCAGAACGAAGACGGAAACUAUCAGACGCAGGCCAACAGCAAGCCGGGAAAGACACGCACAGUGACUGGAGCCAGCUUCGUGGUGUUCAACGGAGCGCUCAAAGCCUCGUCAGGGUUCAUUGCCAAGUCCAGUAUAGUUGAAGACGGGUUGAUGGUUCAAAUCCCUCCGGAGACGAUGGAGUCGCUCCGCGCUGCGCUGAGGGAGCAGACAGACUUCAACAUUCCCUGCGGCAGGAACGACGGAGGAGAAGUGAGAGAGAACGUCACUGUACGCUGGGUCGACUGGAGCUCACCUGUCAACACGGGUCGAAGCAGCGCGGUGGACGGGAAACCUCUGGAUGGAGUCCGCAGUGUGAGGAUGCAGCAGGACGCAGAGUUUGAGGUGGACGGACGCACCAUUCAAUGCACUGAGGUGUUUUACCAGCCGAAGAGUCCAGACUGCAGCUUGGCGUCGGUGCUUCAGUCCUGCCUGGUGUUUCAGAAGGAGAUCGCUCUGGCAGCCUGCAGCGCUCUGACGCCUCACCUCGCCGUGCUCACCUGCAGCGGCAUCAACUCCCUCUCACUGCGUGUCUCCACACAGGCCGACAUGGUGGAGUACCAGGCCGGCUCCGGAGGCCGUCUCCUCCCUCAGCGCUACAUGAACGAGCUGGACAGCGCUCUGAUCCCCGUCAUCCACGGAGGAAGCGCCAGCGUGCCGCAGACUGCCAUGGACAUGGAGUUCGUCUUCUACAUCACACACACCAUCUAAACUCACACGCAGACCGGCCACACACACUCGAAGUUCAAACUUAAAAAAAAAAAAAGAGAGACCCGCCAAAAAAAAAAAACGGAGGAGAAGCUGUGGUAUUAGCGGGACGAUGCUAACGUAGCAGCUAACCGGAGAGGACGAGUAGCUGCCGGAGAAACAUUCCCACUCUGGGAGGGAAUAUCCUAACUCUUUUUUUUUUUGUUUUUUUUGUUUUUGUUGUUGUCGGAUUUUUUUUUUUUUUGGAAGGAUAUAAACUGAUUAAAAUAUUUGGUUUUCAGUGGAGGAACCAUUGUAUGUUUGUUGCGUUUCGUGCUCACCAAAGCUGCUUUAAUCCAAGAAGCCAAACACUAAAAAAAAAAAAAAACAAGGAAAACGACAAACACGACCAAAUACAACCAAACUAUUCAAAACUAAACCAACGUUGUUUCUUCUUCUUCUUCUUCUUCUUCUUCUCGCUCUGCCUUCCAGGCUUCCUCGCUGGCUCUUCCCCCGUCAGCUCGGGACGCACCUCGAUGAAUGUUUCCCCCCCUAAACACACACACACACACACACACACACACACACACACACACACACACACACAGGACGCUCUUUAUCAACAUGUGUCUCAUUUGGAUGUAUUUAUUAUGUUUCAACACGAGCGAAAUGAUUGAAAAAAGAGAGAGAAAUUGGAGCUGAGGUUGGAUUCAGAGGUGAUGCAUUAUAAUAUGAUCAGGUGCUAACGAUAUUAGCCGCUUAGCUUUGUUCUGUUUUCUUUUAAACACACCGCAGGGAUGAAAAGUAGUGACAUCAUCUCAUUUCAUCUCUUGGUACUAUGCUCUCAUCUCA